AUGGGUUUGAUGCUACUUUUGAGGAAAAGAAAGAGGAAAGAGUUGGAUGAAGAGUUCCGAAUCAAAAGAGAAGUGAAAACAGAUAUUCGAGUGAAAAGAGCGAUUGAUGAUGAAGACGAAGAGUUUGAGUAUUAUUUGUGGAAGAAACAUUUGAGGAACAAGUGGAGAAGAAGAUUAGAGAUGAAUAGCGGUGACACGAUCAUCCACAAUCAUUAUCACAUCGAUCGACCUACUCCUGUUGUUCAACAACCCGCCUACCAACCCUACUAUUAUCAACCGAGUUACGGUGGAUACGGUAAUUACGGUGGAUACGGCAAUUACGGAGGAUACGGCGGUGGAUACGGCGGUGGAUACGGUGGAAACGUUUUCAAUCUGGGAAUGGGACGAGGAAUCGGU